AUGUCAGAAAUUAAAACUCUUGAAAAUGUGAAGGAAGCUGCAAAGUCUGGUGAGUACAGUAUUUUAUUAAGUAGGAGGGGGAAGGGUUGGAGGAAGAAAGGUAGGACAUAGUGAGAAAAAGGGUCGGGUAGGAUUUAAUAAGUAGCGUUCAAGACAAGGCGGGGGGACUAGAGUAGUAAUGGUAGGGCUUGGUAAGGCUUAUGGGGUGGUACGGUAGAGUAGAGUAGGGUAGGGUAUGGUAGAGACGGGUAAGGUAGUGUAGAGUAGGGUAGGGUGGGCAGGAUACGGUAUGGUAGGGUGGGCAGGAUACGGUAUGGUAGGGUAUGGUAGAGACAGAUAAGGUAGUGUAGGGUAGGGUAGGAGAGGGUAGGGUAGAGUAUGUUAGGGUAUGGCAGGGAUCUUUUUUACUUUUCACAAUGUUUCAGCCGCUUCCCCCGUCGUACCCGUGCCUCAAAAUGCUGCCCCACCUCCGACCAAAAAGGGAAAGCUGGCCCAGUUGUGGUCGAUGCUGAAGAAAAGCCGAAGCAAUUCGAAAGUAAAGUAUGCCAGAAGGACUAGAUCCAAGUCGAAGCUUUCCUUUCGAAGUCUGAGCAACUUGGUAAGAACAUAACUUAUUUGGUCAUAAAGUUUAUAGUUAUUGGUGCUAUGGUAAGGCUGACAUUAGGAUAAAGUAGGGUAGGGCUGAAUUCAACUUUAAUUCCAUUUCUUUUAGAUCAGAAACAAACGCGAGCCCAAUAUGUUGCCAUAUGAUUUCGAGCUUUGGCCCAAGACUGAUCAGCAAAUGUACCACGAAACGACUCAACAGUUCAAGCUACUGAAACAUGAACGAUACCAAUGUUCUCCAUUGUAUGAGAAGGCCUCGUCUUUCACAAUGUUUAUGGUAAGGUACUUUUUAAUUCAAAUAUUAUAGUACUAGCCUGUACUUAACAAAUUCAAUUUCAGAAACGAUUUCGCAAUCCACGUACGGCCGAGUACAGGAACGAACUAGCUCAAUAUUACACUACUGUUCAGUAUUUGAACGCCAAUCCCAUCGAACACGUCGAUUUGGACUACUAG